AUGCAGUCAGGAAUCUCCGUCUCCCCGGAGCUCCAAAAUGCUUUCAACCGCUUCGCCUCCGACACAUCCCUCUUCUGCCUCCCCGUGACAAUCACCAACGAGAGCCUUGCCCCUCUCUCCCCUAUCCCGUUCUCCGCCCCGAACGCCUUCUACCCAUCCCUCUCUCAAUUGAACUCGGUCCUGGAACCCAAAACCCCCAUCUACCUCCUCCUUCGCCAACCCGAAGCCGGAUCCAGCACCUCCUCCCUCAUCGCCCUCACCUACAUCCCGUCCAACGCGGGCGUGCGAGCCAAGACCCUCUUCGCCUCGACACGAGCAACUCUAGCCCGAGAACUCGGCACGGAGAAGUUCGCAUCGACGAUCUUCGCCACAGAGGAAGAGGAGGUCGUGGGCGAGAGUGCCUGGAAGGAGCGAGAUGCGGAGAAGAACGGAUCGGGUGGAUCCGGGGGCUUUCAGCGCGAGGACCUGAUGGGGGAGAAGGAGCGGGAGUUGGAGGCCGUGCGGAGAGCGGAAGAGGAGGCCCGGAAUGGGACUCCGAGUAGGGAUAUUGGUAUCGGAGGUUCAUUUGCGCGGGGCAGUGGUGGGAACAGUCCGUUUGGGUCGGGGAAUCGGGCGCUGCAGAUGCCAGUGGAUGAGGAUGCUAAGGAGGCUUUGAGGUCGCUGCAGCAGGGUGGGCUAGUUCAAUUGGUAAGUUUUUCUGAAGAUAUUCUGGAAGAAUAUUUGAUUAAGAUGGCUAACUUCUAUGAACUAUCCCCCGCACAGGUCAUUGAUAUCCCUAAGGAGACCCUCCGACUGGGUGGCGCGGAGUCUAGCAUUGACCCCAACGCUAUCCAGGAGCAGAUCUCGACCUCGUCGCCACGCUAUGCAUUCUACCACUAUCCCGACUCUGAAGCAGUGGUCUUCAUCUAUACCUGCCCGUCCGGAUCGUCGAUCAAGGAGCGCAUGCUGUACGCCAGUUCUCGAUUGUACGCCUUGCAAGUCGCCGAGGACCAGGGCCUGAAGAUUUCCAAGAAGAUCGAAGCGUCUUCGGCGGAUGAAGUUUCGGGAGAACGGUUGCACGAGGAGGUCAACCCCUCGCAGAAUAACGGGCCUCAGCGAGGAUUCGCGAGACCGAAACGACCCGGCCGAUCCCUCGCCUCCGCUGUCGCAUUGCCCGAACAGGAAAACGUGAUCACAUCCCCAGACGUCGGGUUCAAGCGGCGCCAAUCGUCCAUCUCGAACCCAGACGCAGAGAACAAGCGACGCCGACUCAGCAGCGCCACACAAGAUGAUCACCACGAUCGCCGGUCCUCCAUCACAGACCGCAAUCAACACUCCCCGGACGCAGGAGGAGGGGCCGAACGGAGAGCGGAUCGGAAACCCACCCGGCCGGCGGGCGGACGCGACGAAGAACGGAAGCGCGGACAGAGACUAUUCGGUGGCCUGCUAGGGACGCUAUCGCAGAGCUCGACCUCAGCAGCGCAGAGACGUCGAGCGGACAUCGAACGGAGACAGAAGGAUAAACUGAAGUUACAGGAUGAGGAGUACGACGAGCUGAAGAAGAAGAGGCGUGGGGAGCGGGCGGAGAUCCGGAAGAAGGAGCAGAGACUGUAUGAUGAGGAAUCGAUGCGAACGCGCCACGCAAAUCUGUUGGCUAUGGCUCAUUUCUUGAAGACGAGGGCUGAGCCGGUAUUGUAUUACAAGCCCUGGCAGCUUCGUCCGGACGACCAUGCGAUCAUACGAGACCAGAUUGAGGAUGCGGAGGCUACGAUCUCUCGCGAAGUGGCAGAGUUCGAGGCGCGUUACCCACCUCAGCAGGAGGAAAGAUCUCAGGAGCAGACAGAGCAGCAAGAACAGCCGGAGCCCACACAAGAAGCGAAUGCGGAACCAGCCGCGGCGCCCGAGAAAGAGACAGAAGCAGAGACUGAUACGAAAGAGUCCAAGGAAACAGCGCAUGAAGCUUCACACCCCACAGACGCUGAAGCGCAUCAUGAAAAGAUUACUGAGAACGCACCGACAGACGUUAUGCCCCCUAAUGAUAACAAUGUCUCCGCCGGCAACGAUCAUUCAGACGUGCACCGAGGCCAUGAGGACGACGGCGGCGAAGUGGUUGAGGACCAGGAGGAUACUAUUCAUGGCUUCCCCGACUUGUCGAUGGGAUGGCGGUACCAGAUCCCCAUGUUAAGGCGGAUGGGCCUGCGGGUCGUCGCGCCGGAUUGUUUGGGAUACGGACGAACGGACGCCCCAGACAACAUUGCCUUAUAUUCACAUAAGAGCUGCGCCGACGACAUCAAAGAACUCGCCUCUCAACUCGGAGCAUCGCAGAUCAUUCUCGGCGGGCAUGAUUGGGGCGCCGCUCUCGCCUACCGAGUCGCGCUAUGGCAUCCCGAUCUCAUCUCCCAUCUAUUCACCGUGUGCGUGCCAUACGCGCCGCCGCAAAAGAAAUUCUUCCCGCUCGAGGAGAUGGUGAAGAAAGUGGCGCCGCACUUCUCGUACCAGUUGCAGUUCAGCAGUGGGGAGCUAGAGGAGCCGACGCGGUCGAAGGAGGGGAUCAAGAAGUUCUUGUCGGCGUUGUAUGGCGGGCGCACGCCGGAGAAGGAGUUCGUGUGGGCUGCGGAGCUGGGGAUUUCGGUGGAGCGGAUGGAGAGGGUUUUGCCGUCGAGGUUGUUGACGGAUGAGGAACUCGAAUACUACGCCACUGAAUUCUCACGCCACGGGCUACACGGUCCAUUCAACUGGUACCGCACACGCGAAAUCAACUACAAAGAAGAACUCUCGAUCCUCGACCGACGCAUCACCGCGCCCGUGCUCUUCAUCCAGGCGCUCCGAGACGCAGCACUCCCGUCGAAUCUAGGCCGCGGCAUGACGAAGACGAUCCCGCACUUGACGUUCAAGCAGGUCAACACGUCGCAUUGGGCGCUGUGGGAGCAACCCGCGGAAGUGAAUGAGAUGAUUGCGUGGUGGUUGGAGGAGGUGGUGUUUACGGAUCCGAGGGUGGUGAAGUUGUGA